GCGUGCUGGAGUUGUCCCUGGUGAAUGAGGGGGUUACUUCCCUGCGUCUUCAGGUCGGGGAAAGGGUCCUGGCUCAGAGUGCCCACCCUUCUUGGAGUCCAUCAUGGGGGUGCUGGAGGGCAAUGACAGUGUGACCUGGGGGGACGGGAUCACUGCACUCCAUAUUGAUUGAUGGGUAUAUCGUAUGUAGCUAAAGUUAGCUACACUAAAAGGUCAAUCUGUCACGCACCAACUUUUUGCCUGGCAGAGUCACAUGACCCUUAACCAAUAGGAGAAGGGGGGGGCGUGCGAGGCCUGCCCGCUCCAUAAAUAACACUCGCCCCCCUCAUGCUUGUCCCCGCAUUGGCAGCUCCCCCCAGUGAGGACCGUCAGAGGACCAGAGCAAACGUCAUCAUGGUGAAGAUCGGCAUCAACGGAUUCGGGCGUAUCGGGCGCCUGGUGACACGGGCGGCCGCCACAGGAGGCAAAGUGGAGGUGGCGGCCAUCAACGACCCCUUCAUCGACCUGGACUACAUGGUGUACAUGUUCAAGUACGACUCCACGCACGGCGCCUGGAAGCACGGCGAGGUGAAGGCGGAGGGCGGCAAUCUGGUCAUCGGCAGCACGCACAUCACCGUCUUCCACGAGAGGGACCCCACCAAUAUUAAAUGGAGCGAGGCCGGCGUUGACUACGUGGUGGAGUCCACGGGGGUCUUCACCACCAUUGAGAAGGCCUCAGCUCACCUAAAGGGCGGGGCCAAAAGGGUGGUGAUCUCCGCCCCCAGCGCUGACGCCCCCAUGUUCGUCAUGGGCGUCAACCACGAGAAGUACGACAACUCCAUGCAGGUGGUCAGCAACGCUUCCUGCACCACCAACUGCCUGGCGCCGCUCGCCAAGGUCAUCAACGACAACUUCGGCAUCGUUGAGGGUCUGAUGAGCACCGUUCACGCCAUCACUGCCACGCAGAAGACGGUGGACGGUCCCUCCGGGAAGCUGUGGCGGGACGGACGCGGCGCCUCGCAGAACAUCAUUCCCGCCUCCACCGGCGCCGCCAAGGCCGUGGGCAAGGUCGUCCCCGAGCUGAACGGGAAGCUGACCGGCAUGGCCUUCCGUGUCCCCACCCCCAAUGUGUCCGUCGUCGACCUGACCGUGCGCCUGGAGAAGCCCGCCAAGUAUGACGACAUCAAGAAGGCGGUCCAGGCCGCCGCAGAUGGUCCCAUGAAGGGAAUCCUUGGAUACACGGAGGACCAGGUGGUGUCCACGGACUUCAACAGCGACCCACGCUCCUCCAUCUUUGACGCCGGCGCCGGCAUCGCCCUCAACGACCACUUUGUCAAGCUGGUGUCCUGGUACGACAACGAGUUCGGCUACAGCCAGCGCGUGUGCGACCUGGUCCAACACAUGUUCACCAAGGAGUGAAGACGUCAUCAUCACAUCGUUAACUCAUAAAUAACUGACAGUUGAUCCUCCGCUGGGGCCACUUGAUUAGGAACACAUGACAACACUGGUUGAGUAUUAAUAUUAAUAAUAAUGAAGUAUUAAUAAAGACACGGAUCAGUGUUUGCUGGCUGUUACGUCAUGAAGGACAAACGCUGAGAAACAUCUUGUUAAAUGUCUGCUAUCUUAUAUGAAGCAGUCUGUGUGCGUG